ACUCGAGUUGGCAGCAGAGUUUUACCUUCUCCAUGCUGGAAGCCCUGCUGAGGUGAGAGCUCAGGGAUCUUGGCUGACAAACAGAAAAACCAAUACAGCAGUCCUGUCUGUCAGAUCCAGUCAGUCCUUCCAUGGUGUGUAACAGUACACAGUGGGAUCUAGGUUAUGCUGAAGACACUGCGAGAUUGUGACUGAUUCGUUUUAGCCUGAAAAACAUGGAAUUGAUUGGUUCGACACAAUUGGCCACAUACACACGGCCCAAGAGCAGUAAAUUUCUGCCAGCCAUCUCUACAACAGCAUCCAGCUACAGAAGCCUCCAGCCGACCCUCACCAACAACCAGAACUCCAACUGGAGGACUAACAUGUACUUCAGAAGUGGGAGUGCUAUUCCUUCCAUCAUCCCCAUAUCACAAAGAGAAACCCUGGACCUGGUUCGGGCCAAGACUAUGUUCUACCCAUCUAACAGGACUGCACUAACGACGCGUUAUACACCAGAUGACUGGUACAAAUCCAAUCAGAACAACUACAGAGAUUCAGAGUCUUCCAGGAAGAGUGCUGAAAGGCUGAGGAAGGACACAAUCUGGUUGAUACAGGAUCGAGACCAGUGCACACGCAGGACUCAGGAGAACACUAGCAGGAUCCUGGGGGAGAGGCUGAAUGAUAUCAGCUUCUGGAGAUCUGAGCUGGGCCACGAAAUAGACAACAUGGUGACAGAGAUAGCGGCGCUGACGGAGGUGAAACGCAGACUGGAGAGAGCACUUGCUGAGACAGAGGGGCCACUGCAGGUGUCUCAGGAAUGCUUGUUUCAUCGAGAGAAAAGGAUGUCCAUCGAUCUGGUACACGAUGAUGUGGAAAAAGACCUGAUCAAGGAAGUGGAGGUGGUAAAGUCAUGUCAGGAGAGAAUGAGGAGGAACUUGGACAAAGUCAUUGCACAGCUGGCAUCAAACCGAUCAGCGCAGCAUGAAUUGGAGAGAGAUUUAAAUGAUAAGGUCACAGCUCAGCGUAUAGACGACCGAUGUCAUCAGCUGCGCAACACCUCGGACAGCAUCAGUUACUACAGAGGCAUAGAGCGCCUCGAUCCCUCUUUGAGCUUGCCUGACACAUGGUCAAAGUUCACGGACGACAACAUCCUGCACUCUCAGAGUCAACGUGCAGCAUCGCACAAGCUCCGUGAUGAGAUCGAGGUCCUGCUCAACACCACCUCCAACGAGAUGUGGAAUCAGUUCAACAACGUUAACGUAGCCUUUACCAACCGCAUAUCUGAAAUGGCAGAUACCAAGAACAGCCUGCAGGCUCACUUGGCCAAGACUCUCCAGGAGAUUUACCAGACUGAGAUGCUCAUUGACACCUUAAAAAGGGCUAUUCGUGAUAAAGAGAACCCUCUCAAAGUGGCUCAGACCCGACUGGAGGAAAGAACCCGUAGACCCAAUGUGGAACUCUGCAGAGACAACCCUUAUCACAGGUUGGUGAAUGAAGUGAGGGAGAUCGAGGAUACGAUUCAUUCUCUGAGGGAGAGAUUGAUGGAGGCUGAAAAUACUCUGCAGAACCUGGUGAAGACCAGAGUGGCUCUGGAGCAUGACCUCUCCAUUAAGGCCAACUCACUUUUUCUGGAUCAGGAGAAAUGCAUGAGCAUGAGGAAGAGUUUUCCAAGCACCCCACGUCUGGUGGGAUAUACUUAACGCCUUUUGUGCUAAAACAGCUCCAGUUUUCUAUACCCAAUAUUUCAAUAUUGCAUUUAUUAUAGAAAAACUUCAUUCUUAAAUGGCUAAUGAAAUGAAAUGACUGUAAUUAACACUUUCCUAAGUAACUCCUUCAAGGAAUACAUAAAGAAUUUCUUGCACUUCUUUGCGACUUUACUAUAUGUUUGAUCUGAAUUUAAAAUCAUUUUACAUAUACAAUAUUAAAAUAGAAUUUCUAAUGAGGCACAUUAAAUAAAGUCUACAAUCACCAAUCAAUAUCCAUCUUUCAAUCCAUCAUAUCUAUCCAUCUUUCAAUUUUAGAAGUCAAUCUCAAAUUUAUUUUAGCUUAUUAUGUCCAACGGGCUGAAUAAAAUGAUAUCCAAUAUCUAACUGGAUGGAUAUCAAUGGAGAACAAAAUUGGGCCUAAAAGAGAACACUGGGCAGUUACAAACUGUUGCAACUAAACUCGGUGAAAAUAUUCCGGCAUAUAUUUAUUUUCAUUGGCCAAUCUUUGAGUCUUCUACGAUUGUCUCAUGAUGCUUAUUAACAAAGAUGUUAGCUUUGUUAAUACACUGUAAACAUGAGACUGGUGUUAAUCUUCACCUGUCUUCCUGAUGUUGAAAAGAAAACCCUGAAUAACUAGACUCUCAAUUUGAUCAUUAUAAACAUACUUAAUGCUGUUUAAGCCCGGUCAGUCAUGCCAUUUCCGCAGUGUGGACUAAAGUCAGAAAGAAAGACAUCUCAAAGAAGCAGAGAAGCAGAUGUUUUAUAAUACUUUUUGAGGAAGAACAGUGCAAUCGAAAACACAUGCUUUCAAACACCAGCUCGUGACUUUAAACUUUACACAUAACUGUGCUCAAAUGAUUAACAGAUGAAUCACUGGUUUGCUGAUUUGAAUAUUCAUUGAACUGUUUGCAUAUUAAAGGGUGUUCAAGAAGAA